AUGAUUUAAAAAAAAACAAAAGCGCUUCAAACAAUAGUGAAUUAUAGAAAUACUUCAAAGAAAAGAUUUUAAUAGAGUCCUUCAAUGAAGAAACUAGACAAAUCAUCUAAUCAUAGUAAUUUCUCUUUAAGAAUAAAAACAUGUUUAAAUUAUAUUUAAUAAGGAAGAAUAAAGUAUUUCCCCAAAAGCAAUCUAAAAAACAUCAGAAAGCUAGAUGGAUGAGUUACAAAAUAAAUCUACUAUUCAGAUAGUCUUCUAACAUGAAGAAAAGCUUCAUAAUUUCUUAUUUGCUUAUGAGUAUAAUAAUUUAAUUUAAGAUUAGAGCAACUACUGAUUAAUUGUUAUAGUAAGCUCGUAAGAUAGUUCCAACAAUAAGUGCAUUAGUAACAACCAACUCCAAUUUAGCCAUCGAUUAUUAUUUACAAUUACAAAAUUAAAAAUUAAGUGUAUUCCAAGGACGUAUCAUAACCGUUUAAGGAGUACCAGGAUUAUUAGCAUUAAAAUCUAAAACAGGAUUAAGAGACUUUAUAUUUAUAAAAUGUAUAGGAGUAGGUGGAUUUUCAAGGGUUUAUUUGGUUAAAAAGAAAUAGUCUAGUCGAUUCUAUGCAAUGAAAAUAAUAGAUAAGAAAAUAAUUAUUGAGAAAAAGAUUGAAAGUACAUAAUACAUUAUAUAGAUAUAAUUGAGAAUGAACGCAAUAUCUUAGCUGUGACUCAACAUCCUUUUCUGAAUAAAUUAGAAUAUGCUCUUGAAUGUCCUAAUCAUUUGAUAUUUAUUACUGAAUUUUGUGCAGGAGGUGAUUUGCUCUAUUACUUAUAAAAAUAUCAUGUAUUUACAGAAACUCAAGCAAGAUUCUAUAUAGUAGAAUUCAUAUUGGGUUUAAUAUAUUUACAUUAGUUGGAUAUUAUUUAUAGAGAUAUAAAACCAGAAAAUAUAUUAAUAGAUAUUACAGGUCAUAUUCAAAUUGCAGACUUUGGUCUUGCUAAACCAACAAGAAAUGAAUAUGCUUAUAGUUUUUGUGGAAGUCCUGAAUAUAUGGCUCCAGAAAUGUUAACUAAUUAAGGACAUAAUUAAUAAUUGGACCAUUAUUGUUUAGGUGUUCUAUUAUAUGAAUUAGUGGUUGGUUAACCACCUUUUUAUUCAGAAGAUAUAAAUAAAAUAUAUGAAAAUAUAAUUUUAAAGGAAGUUGAAUUUCCAAAAAAUAAUACUUUGAGUAAUGAAAUUAAGGAUUUAAUUGUUAGAUUAUUAGAUAAAGAUUAAAAGAGUAGAAUUGGACAUUAAGGAGGUUUAUUAGAAAUAUUAGAUCAUAAAUGGUUUGAAAAUGUUGAUUUAAUAAAAUUCCUUUAUAGAAAGGUAACUCCUCCAUUUUAACCAGAUAUAUUUAAACCACCAGCUUUAUUAAAAGAAUAUAAAGAUGGUGAUUUAGAUCUAAUUAGGAGAUUACUUGAUAGAAAUGUUUAAGGAACAACUAUGUUUUAAAAUUUUUAUUAUGAUCAAUCAGUUGAAUUGGAUAUUAGAUUAGAAUAGUAAAAGUUUCUUAAAUUCUAUCAUUAAUUGAUUGAACAAUAAAAUAGUAAGAUGUAGAGAAGAUAAAAAAUCAAAUUUAUGAGAAAAAGCAGAUUAGUAUGA